UACUUUUCCUUUCCUGGCCAACUUGGCUGAAGUGUCACCGGGACGACACUGACAGACUUUAUAGAAGUUUUAGCCCUGGUAGUCUGCCGGCACAGAUAUGGCCCCCAGCACGCAACUGAAAGAGGCUAUCGCCGAUAUGCAGGACGGGAUCCGUGCCAUCCUGCUCGGACCACCCGGCGCCGGGAAGGGGACUCAGGCCCCUCGGCUAGCAGAGAAGUACUGUGUGUGCCACCUGGCCACCGGAGACAUGUUGAGGGCCAUGGUGGCUUCAGGCUCCGAGCUCGGCAAGAGGCUCAAGGAGACCAUGGAUGCUGGCAAACUGGUCAGUGAUGAGAUGGUCGUGGAGCUCAUAGAGAAGAACUUGGACACGCCGCCGUGCAGAAACGGCUUCCUGUUGGACGGGUUCCCUCGCACAGUCAAACAAGCAGAGAUGCUGGACGACUUGUUGGAAAAGAGAAACGAGCAGCUGGACUCUGUGAUCGAGUUUGUCGUUGACGACUCUCUGUUGGUCCGCAGGAUCUGUGGCAGACUGAUUCAUCAGCCAAGUGGCCGCUCUUACCACGAGGAGUUCAACCCCCCCAAAGAGCCAAUGAAGGAUGACGUGACGGGCGAGCCGCUCAUCCGCCGCAGCGACGACAACGAGACGACGCUGCGCUCCCGUCUGGACGCCUACCACCGGCAGACCUCCCCUCUGGUGAACUACUACAACACGAGGGGCCUGCACACGGCCAUCGACGCCUCCAAGAACCCGAACGUCGUCUUCGCCUCCAUCGUAGCUGCCUUCUCUGCUGCUGUGGAAACCCCCGCCCGUGCCACCGCCUCUGGUUGAACCCCGAGCUGCUCCAUUCCCACCGAGGCGAAGGACUGGAGUGGGCAGAUGAUGUCGGGUGGGUGGACCGAUGGGUGGAAAAAAAAUGAAAAGAAUUACACUUCAUAACUUAAGGUUACUUUUGCGGUGCAGAUGGGAUCAUAGAUGCUUGCUGUCACAUUCCUCAUGUUUACGCUACAAAUAAAUGACACAAUUUCCUACAGUCGUCA